AUGUCUUCUGCCUCUGUCGCCAGCCAGGAGAAGCAGUCGCUCCUCAGCGGUACCGUCAAUGCUAGCCCCAAGCCUUUGCAGCCAUGGUGGCGAGGCUACUGGGAGUUAGCCCGGAUGCACAAGUUCCCCGCUGGCUCUAUGCUGGUCUUCUGGCCGACCGCAUGGGGAUAUGUUAUGGCUCUUCGUGACAACAGACCUGAGCCACUUCAGUUGGCAUAUAUAAUGGCGGUCUUCUUCGUUGCCAGUACCCUACUUCACAGCGCUGCUUGCACCAUUAAUGAUAUCUGCGACCGUGACUUCGACGCUAAAGUCGAGCGCUGCAAGAACCGUCCUCUCGUCGCUGGUACCGUCUCGAUGUUCGGGGCUUGGGUGUUCCUUUUCCUUCAGGUUGCUGCUUUCUUCUGGAUGCUGUCAUACACUAACAAGGAAGCGUUCCUCUGUGGUACAUUCGGCGUCUUCCCACUGCAUGCUUUCUACCCUUUGAUGAAGAGAUGGACCAACUGGCCUCAGGCUUGGCUCGGUUUCGCCAUGAACUGGGGUCUGCCGACUGCGUGGCUGAUGGCCGCUCCAAAUGACUGGCAGUUCGCUCCCAUGUGGGCCUUUACCAUCGGCACCGUCAGCUGGACCAUUGUUUACGAUACCAUCUAUGCCUGCCAGGAUCGCAAGGACGAUGUCAAGGCGGGUGUGAAGUCGACUGCCGUUCUCUUCGGUGACUACGUCAAGCCCAUCCUGUCCUGCUUCGCUGCCGCGUUCAUCGCCUCCCUCAUCUACGCCGGCGUUACCACUGGUCAGGGUUGGAUCUAUUAUGCUGUCUCCGUGGCUGGUUGCGCGGGUCACCUCCUGUGGCAGCUUAUUACCCUGGACACUGAAGAUCCUCAGGAUUGCUGGAACAAGUUCGAUUCGAACGGAUAUCUGGGAUAUGUUGUUUUCGCCGGUUUGUUGGGCGGGUGGUACAUCUACUAA